AUGUUUGAUAAUGACAACAGCAAUAUGAACUUCUUAUUCUACGUAGGGAUCAUUGUUCCCACACUUAUCACCAUCGCCCUGUUCCUCGUAUUCAUCUAUUGCUGGUUUCUACAGAGGGCGCGCAAAGAGGUAUUAACCAAGAAAUAUGACCCUCAUGGCAAAAUGAGGCGUUUAGGAAUGUCGCUGGACCCUCCACCUCCGCCUGACUUCUGUCGCUUGGAAGAUGCACUCCUGCCAGGCAACGGAGAGGAUAACGUUGCAUACGAUGUCAGCAGGAGUCCUUCCACAGAGCAGGACGGUCACGGAAGACCUAUGUACCAUACAUACCACGACAGCGGUAUCUCUGCGGGGUUAUCUCCCAGCCAGGAAAGUGAACCUCGUCCUGGUCUCGCUUACAGAACUUGCCCAGACUCUGGGAUAUCAAUAUUCGGUCAGCAGCCCGUUCACUGCAGCUAUCACGUGACAGGCGGGUUCUGCCAGGCCCAAGAAGCCCUUCAACGACAACAGCAACAGGUCUUCUGUGACCAAAUCCACGUGCAUCAGCUACAUCAACCACCACAAGCUGCUCUGCAUCACAACCUAAUGCAAGCAUCCGUCCAUCCGACCCACGGGGUGUGCUACGGGGAUGACAUGAACCACUCCCAAAGCCCGCAGCAUUACAACCCUCCCGCCGUCCACCCUGCUAGUCUCAGCCUUGCCCAUUACAAUGAAAGGCAGCAGAUCGGCAUCGUUGCCCAUGUACAUAAACCUCCAGCACAACAUGUGCUAGCCAACAGGCAACCACGGGCCCAUUUCUGUCCGGACAGUCCCGGCUACCAUCUUCAAAGCCAAACUGACCGCAAUGCUGGGGACAUAGCAGAGCGUACACAAAAUAUACAAAUCCACACUCCACCUAGUCGUCAAGGGCUAGACCCUUCUGUUAUUCCAAGUGGGGAUGCGCAUGUACCCAACAGAACGAUACCGUGUUCAGGUAACUUCCAUCUUCAAUAUGAUCUCGAAUCUGACAAUCCCGGUCAGCAAUACCCUUCCUCUACAUCCUCACCCCCUAAGCCUUUCAGACAUUCCUGCAGAGACAGCAACGGUGUGAACAACAUCCAACCCACAAUCACCAGUGCAGAUAGACCAGAGUCCCAAGCAUCUCACUCGUCUACAACCGACUCUGAGGACUCUGGUUUCCGCAGCUCUCACUGUGCCGUUCAUCCCAGUGCAGCAUUAACACAAGCAAGGCAACCCCUUGCUAAAGCCACUCCGAAGAACUAA